AUAGUCCGGGACCAGACCGAGGACAGGACGCGAGCAAGAGGAGGGUCUUCGGAGUAUUUUCGAAGUCCGGGCAUCGGCUAAACGAUGCAUUAAAUGACAAGGGCAGCAACAAGCCAGGUACACAGAGCCUCAAUGUCCCAUCACCCCACCAUGGAUAACCUAGAAGAGGACCUGACAUGUUCUGUGUGCUAUUCCCUCUUUGCUGAUCCUCGGGUCCUGCCCUGCUCCCACACCUUCUGUAAGUCCUGCUUGGACAACGUACUCCAAGUCUCUGCCGUCUAUUCAAUCUGGCGUCCGCUGCGGCUCCCACUCAAGUGCCCCAACUGCCGCAGUGUGGUAGAGCUCCCGCCAACAGGUGUUGAUGCAUUGCCCAUAAAUGUCUCCCUCCGCGCCAUCAUUGAGAAGUUCCAGAAGGACAGCCAACCACAGCCCCCCUCCUGCCCUGAGCACCACCGACAGCCCCUCAACAUCUACUGUGUCCAGGACCGCCAGCUCAUCUGUGGCUUCUGCCUAACAGUGGGCCAGCACCAGGGACACCCCAUCGAUGACCUACAGGCAGCCUUCAUCAGGGAAAGGCAGGCACCCGCUCAGCUACUGGGGAGGCUCUCAGACCACCGCUGGGCAGAGGUGUGUGAGCUGGGGGAGCAGUUGGAGCAGGAGAAGGCCAGCUGCGAGGGCCUAGUGAUGCAGGACCGGCAGGCCGUGGAACAGUACUUCCAGGGGCUGGAGCUGGUGCUUGCCAGGAAGAAAGAGGCAUUCAUGGGGGCCCUGGACACCGCAAGCAUGGAGGUGUCGCUGGCCUACAAUCCACUCAUCCAGAGGCUGAAGGAGAUGCAGGAGGAGCAGCUGGACUUGUUGUCUCUGGGCUCAGCUGUGGAGGAUGAAGACUCCCCCCUGGUGUUCCUGGAGAAGGUGUAUCUGUUCCGGGAGAGGGUGGAGGCACUGGUAAAUGCCACCCUGCCCGAAGUCACAUCCCUCGCUAUCACCCCCCGUGCUGCUGAGUACCUGGAGCAGCACUGGGUGGGGGUGACCAUCGGAGGGCUGGAGGAAGGGCCGGUGCCUCGGGUCUGCUGCUGUGCCAAGCCCACCAUUCUGGAGAUGGUUCUUAGGACAGAGACAGGGAGUCAACCUGGAGGCUGGGUCCAUGAUCUGUGGCAGCAGCUCCAUCCCACUCCCCCAGUGGUGCUCCUGGGGAUGCUGCUGCUCCUUGUGGCAGUGUGGGUGAAUCCUGUUGGCGGAGCAUCUCUGGGAUUCUCCUUGCUGUCCCAGCUCAGUCAGAUGGUGCACGGCCUGAGUAGCGAACUGACCACCUCACUAUGGGAGAAAACAGGCUUCCUGUAUGCACAGACAGGGGAGGUGGUGUGGAGGUACAGCUCUGCCCUCUCCACACUGGGGGAGAACACCUACCAGCAGCUGGCAUCCCUCUACAAGACCCUCAGCUCCUGACUCUUCACUUCGGAAAGGACCCCAGCUCCUUGUGACAUAAGGUCUUAAUGUCACCUGUUACACUCCUUUGGUUGGGAAUUGACACCAACUGUGCCUAGCGAUUGGAACUUUCCUGAUGCAGCAGGAUACAGUUGACAGAAAACACAGGCGUUACUUCUGGGACUAACCCUGACCCCAGCUAAAGCUUAUCACAGGAAGAUACUGCCUCAUGUACCAGAAAAUGAAAAACCAUGAUAUGCAUUCAGAAGAUUGAAAAGUUAUUUAAAUUGGUACUGGUCCCCCAUGGGAAUUGAAUCCACAACCCUGGCAUUGCAAGUGUCAUGUUCUACCAACUAAGCCAGACAGGUUUAUAUACACUGCUCAAACAAAUAAAGGGAACACUUAAACAACACAAUGUAACUCCAAGUCAAUCACACCUCUGUGAAAUCAAACUCUCCACUUAGGAAGCAGUACUGAUUGACAAUACAUUUCACAUGAUGUUGUGCAAAUGGAAUAGACAACAGGUGGAAAUUAUAGGCAAUUAGCAAGACACCCCCAAUAAAGGAGUGGUUCUGCAGGUGGGGACCACAGACCACUUCUCAGUUCCUGCUUCCUGGCUGAUGUUUUGGUCACUUUUGAAUAUUGGCGGUAGCAUGAGAUGGAGUCUACAACCCACACAAGUGGCUCAGGAAGUGCAGCUUAUCCAGGAUGGCACAUCAAUGCAAGAUGUGGCAAGGUUUGCUGUGUCUGUCAGCGUAGUGUCCAGAGCAUGAAGGCGCUACCAGGAGACAGCCCAACACCGUGCAGGACGUUUGGCAUUUGCCAGAGAAGAUUGGCAAAUUCGCCACUGGCGCCCUGUGCUCUUCAGAUGAAAGCAGGUUCACACUGAGCACGUGACAGUCUGGAGACGCCUUGGAGAAUAUUCUGCUGCCUGCAACAUCCUCCAGCAUGACCGGUUUGGCGGUGGGUCAGUCAUGGUGUGGGGUGGCAUUUCUUUGUGGGGCCGCACAGCCCUCCAUGUGCUCGCCAGAGGUAGCCUGACUACUAUUAGGUACAGAGAUGAGAUCCUCAGACCCCUCGUGAGACCAUAUGCUGGUGCGGUUGGCCCUGGGUUCCUCCUAAUGCAAGACAAUGCUAGACCUCAUGUGGCUGGAGUGUCAGCAGUUCCUGCAAGGGGAAGGCAUUGAUGCUAUGGACUGGCCCGCCCGUUCCCCAGACCUGAAUCCAAUUGAGCACAACUAGGACAUCAUAUCUCGCUCCAUCCACCAGACUGUCCAAGAGUUGGCGGAUGCUUUAGUCCAGGUCUGGGAGGAGAUCCCUCAGGGGACCAGCCGCCACCUCAUCAGGAGCAUGCCCAGGCGUUGUAGGGAAGUCAUACAGGCACGUGGAGGCCACACACACACUACUGAGGCUCAUUUUGACUUGUUUUAAGGACAUUACAGGCUGAUCCAACUUUGAUGUAGUGUGGUUUUCCACUUUUAAUUUUGUUUGCGACUCCAAAUCCAGUCCUCCAUGUGUUGAUCAGUGUGAUUUUGCAACACAUUCAACUAUGUAAAGAAAAGUAUUUAAUAAGAAUAUUUAAUUCAUUCAGAUCUAGGAUGUUAUUUUAGUUCCCUUUAUUUUUUUGAGCAGUGUAUAACCACGAGCCUUAAUACUUAAGUCAAUAUGCCUUAACAAAUGUAACAUUUUCAUAACCUUAUGCACAGCUUUUUCAAGACAUUCUAUAGCUCUACAUGAAGUUUACUGUAAUAAAUACUACAGGACUUACAUUUUACUCCAGCUAUUUAACCUUCACCAGAAUAUCCUUCUGUUAAAUCAAGUACUGAUUUUCUGUAAGUAAACUACAAUAAUCGUGAUACGUCAGAAUUAAAUAAAAAUGGAAGGACGGGA